AUGUCGGUUGAUUCUCGGAAUCUGCUGGCUUUCAGCAGAGUUGAUCCAUUAUGUUCGACUUUCUCCAAUCUACCUAUCGAUACUUGCAGAGGGCCUUUCCAAUCAACAGGAGGGCAGGUAGAGGAUGCUAUAUACGGACAAAUUGCCCAGAUUGAACAGUAUCCACGGACGAGUCAGCCCGACGCUUCCUUCUUUGUUGCAGACUUGGGGGAAAUCCGGCGCCAGCACAGCCGUUGGAUGUCUCAUCUUCCUAAUAUAAUGCCAUUCUUUGCUGUCAAAUGCAAUCCCGACGUAGAACUGUUACAAGUACUUAAGGAACUCGGUGUUGGCUUUGACUGUGCAUCCGUGGAGGAGAUGCAGACAGUAUUGCGCCUAGGUGCUCCUUCUACUAGCAUUAUCUUUGCAAACCCCUGCAAGACGCCACAUGCCCUAGCUUUUGCUCAUGGGGCAGGCAUAAAAAUGACUACAUUUGACAAUCUUGACGAGCUUGACACUAUCAAGAACUACAUGCCCGACGCCAGACUACUACUCAGGAUAUUUGCAAAUGACAGUAACGCCCUCGUUGCGUUAGGCGAGAAAUUUGGGGCGCUACCCGAUUCAAUUCAAGACCUUCUCAUGCGUGCGAAAGAUCUGAAUUUGAAUGUUGUGGGUAUCAGCUUCCACAUCGGAUCUGGUGCUUCGGAUCCCAGCGCCUUUCAAAAGGCAAUCGCUCAUUCCAGACAAGUCUGGGAUAGUGCACGGUCUAUGGGGUUUUUUUUACAGAUUCUCGACAUUGGAGGCGGGUUCCAACCUACUGAAGCAGAAUUUACUCCCAUGGCCACAGCUAUACAAAGUGCUAUAUCAGAAGCAUCAUUUCCAGGGCAAACGAUCUUCAUGGCAGAACCUGGUCGUUUCUUUGCGCGCAGUGUAUUUACUUUAGUUUGUCGAAUCAUAUCAUGCCGAAAAUCAAAAGCAACCGAAUCGCCCCAAAGAGUGGACAUGCUAUACCAAAAUGAUGGCGUGUACGGAAAUUUCAUGAACGCCCUUAUCGAAAGAGAGGAUUUCGCUCCCUCCUUGAUAAUAACCAAGGGCCAUCUACCUCGCAAGUCUGAAUAUCACGCCUAUACGAUCUGGGGUCCUACUUGUGAUAGCACUGACUGUGUCAGUCGCAAGGCGAGUUUUGCUCUUCUGCGUGGUAUGCUGACUGGAAAACCAGCUUAUACAUCUGCUACGGCAACGAAUUUCAACGGAUUUUCUAGCAAGACCAAAACUAUCUAUACUCCUAAGGAGAAAGGCUAUUAG